CUCGACGCCAACUUUUUCAGAUUCCCAUUUUGAGGAGUUAUUGAGAAAAUAUGUUCCUCAUAAGCCGCUGAUUUGCAUCGGUGAUUUACAUCGAAAAUCCGAGAUGUGGUUUGUCAUGAUGGAACACCACAUAUUGGAAUAUCCCCGUUUGUCACAUCCUGCUUAUAAAAUAGUAGGAGGCUUUACAGCAAAAAAUGUUUCACCAUUAAAAGGAGAUCUUUCAACAUUUGUUGGUCAGGCAAAGCAUGGGACAAUACUCCUAUCAUUCGGGUCUGCAAUAAAUUCAUUCCCCGAUCACAUAAUGUCAAAACUAAUGGAGGCAUUUUCACGCAUAAAUCAACAUAUUGUGAUGAGAUACAAAGGUAUUGCACCACUGAACAAACCUUCCAAUGUGAUCUUAAUGGAAUGGGUGCCCCAGAAUGAUAUUUUAGGACAUCCCAAUACAAAACUGUUUAUCACGCAUGGAGGUAACAGUGGCCAAUUAGAGAGUGUUGCCCAUGCUGUACCAAUGAUCACUUUCCCCCUUGUUCUAGACCAGAUGCAUAAUGCUGAACGUGCAAAGGCUAGAGGCUAUGGACUUGUUAUGGACUUUAACACAUUCACAUCUGAUGAACUGGUACAGAACAUAAAUGAAAUGAUUGAUAAUAAAACAUACAAAGAUUAUCUUCUCAAAGCGAAGGCGAUCUUGGAUGAUCUUCCUGAUCCACUACAGGAAAUUGCAUUCUGGGUAAACCACGUGCUGAAAUUUGGCGGUUCUCAUUUGAAACCAGUUUCUUUAAACAUGCCUUGGUACCAGUGGUUAAUGAUCGAUAUUCUCCUCGUGUUUUUAUUGUUCUUUUUCAUGUUAUAUCAGAUUCUUAAGUAUACUUGUAAGCU